AAACAAAGCACAGACACUGGGGUUUAGUUCAUCAGAAUAAAUUAGGGAUAGUUCUCAGGGUUCUGUAAAAUGGUGGCAGACAAGGGAAAGAAACAGAAGGUAGGAGAGAAAGUCGGAGAGGAAAACAACCACAACGCAGAGCGCAUUGAUGAAGAACUCGUUCUCUCCAUUGAGAAGGUGCAGGAAAUUCAAGACGAGCUUGAAAAAAUCAAUGAAGAAGCAAGUGAUAAAGUAUUGGAAGUAGAGCAGAAGUACAAUGAGAUACGCAAACCCAUCUAUGAUAAGCGAAGUGAUAUCAUCAAAUCUAUCCCCGACUUCUGGUUGACUGCUUUUCUGACUCAUCCUGCUCUUGCUGACCUCUUGACUGAAGAAGACGAAAAGAUUUUCAAGUAUCUAAGGUCACUUGAAGUUGAAGAUUUUAAAGAUGUGAAAUCUGGUUACUCGAUUACAUUUACCUUCAAUCCCAACCCUUACUUUGAAGAUACAAAGCUGACAAAGAGCUUUACAUUCCUUGACGAAGGAACAACAAAAAUAACUGCUACAUCAAUCAAGUGGAAAGAGGGCAUGGGCAUACCAAAUGGAGUUGCUAAUGAGAAGAAGGGCAGCAAGCGGCCUCAUGCUGAUGACAGCUUCUUUAGCUGGUUUAGUGAAACACCACAGAAAGAUGACAUGAACGAGAUUAAUGAUGAGGUUGCUGAGAUAAUCAAGGAUGAUGUAUGGCCCAAUCCUCUCACUUAUUUCAACUAUGAGGUGGAUGAUUUCGAUGGGGAUGAAAGUGAUGAUGAGGAAAAGGGCUGUGACAGUUCUGAAGAUGAUGAUGAUGAGCAAGAAGAAGAUAAUGAUGAAGAUGGUGAUGAGGAUGAGGAUGAAGGCAAUUGAACAGUCUUCAUCAUUCCGUCUGCGUCUCUUGGUCCUCAUCGCGGUGUUUACUUGAACCAGAGACCUCGAGUAAAUCAUCGCAAGUGGUUCUAAGGUUGCAAAAGAAUCUGUUAACAGGGCAUGGUGACUGUUGACUCUUCCUUUUUCUGUUUUUUGUUUCAAUAGGGGGAAUUGUGUGCCUUUUCCUCACUUGAUAUGCUCUUUGCUAGUGCUAGGUGAUGAGGCCAUGAAAUAUUACUAGCUUUUUACUUGACUAAUAUUAUGAUUUCUACAGUGAAAGCAGUUAAUUAAUACUUUGGAAUGUAAAGCUAUUUGACAAUCCUUUUUGUUUGUCUGCAAUGGUGAUCUUGUAGUUCCUUUA